GCGUAACGUGCGACGUGCUGGCGGCGGUGGUUGCCUGUGUGGCUCCCCGGGGGGGGGCGGCGGCCUGAGCGGGCGUCUUAGAAUUUUCCGGUGUAUACGUGGCUGUUCAUCUAUCCCCCAUGUGCCAUCCUGUGAUUGGGCCACCCCUGUACACAUUGUCGUGUGCCAUGUCAUAGAAUUGCUCCCGUGCUUGUGGUUGUAGCUUUUUCUCACCUGCAUCAUGAAAUUCAGAGACCAGGUGAGCACGUUAUCCGAGUGGUUCAAAGGCUGGAACGAAUGUGAGCAGACGGUGGCCCUUCUGUCUCUGCUGAAGAGGAUCACAAGGACACAGGCUCGUUUCCUGCAACUGUGUUUGGAGCACUCGCUGUCGGAUUGUUCCGAGAUACACAUCCUGGAGACAGAGGCCAACAGUGCUGCUUUGAUAAGUCAGUGGCAUCAGGAAUCCAAGGAGAAGGUGAUCUCUCUGCUCCUGUCUCACCUGCCCCUGCUGCAGCCCAGGAACACCGAAGCAAAAUGCGAGUACAUGAAACUUCUGCAGAAAGUGCUGGCAUACACCACAGAGAGCAACCAGUACAUAGAGGAGAGCCGGCAGCUUUUGUCCUAUGCACUAAUCCACCCAGCCACGACGCUGGAUGAUCGCAACUCUCUGGCAUUGUGGCUCAAUCAUCUGGAAGAUCGACUUUCCACAGGUUACAGCCGGCAUGGCAGACCUGAAGUACCUGCUACGCACUUACGGCAAGGCUCUGACGAGUGGCAGGCCCCAGGGGACCUGGGCAUGGGAGAAUCUGGACAUAGCUGGCAAGAAAAGCCACUCAGAGAAAAUGGACUGAUGCCCUUUCAUUCAUCCAGUUCAGUGCCCUCCGCUAUCCAGAGUGUCGGCAGCGGUACAGUGCUUCCCUGCCAAAUGCACCCAAGCCCCCUGAAGCGCUCCAUGUCCCUGAUUCCCACAUCCCAGCAGACGUCCAGUGAUUGGAUAGGGACAGAUGAGGUUUCUGGACGUCCUGUCUUCCUCACCCCAGACCACGCUCCCCUCUCCCCUCAGAGUAGCGUGGCCUCAUCAGGCAGCGAACAGACAGAGGAGAUCAUCUCUGGACGUAACUCCUUCCAGGAGGACGGCAGUGGAAUGAAAGAUGUGCCGACCUGGCUGAAGAGCUUACGCCUACACAAAUAUGCAUCCCUCUUCUCACAAAUGACCUAUGAAGAAAUGAUGACACUGACAGAGCAACAUCUGGAGUCGCAGAACGUCACCAAAGGUGCAAGGCACAAAAUAGCUCUAAGUAUCCAGAAACUGAGGGAGAGACAAAGUGUGCUCCGCGCACUGGAGAAGGACAUCCUGGAGGGAGGAAAUGUACGAAAUGCUCUUCAGGAGCUUCAGCAGAUCAUCAUCACACCCAUCAAGUACUAUAGGCCCAAUCAGACAGAGACUGUGAACAGUGGACAGUCUUCCCAGCACAGGCCCGUUCAUGAUUCGGCCAGCAAAAGCCCAGAUGAGAACGAGCGGCCCACCGGACUGACAGCUGAUGGAUUUCAGCAGCAGAGUGAUCUAAGGUGCGACCUGGAAACGUCUGUGCCACCCAUAGCAGAUGGGGACAUACCUGGACAACUGACAAGAGUGCUGGGCAAAGUGUGCACACAGCUGCUAGUCUCCAGGCCAGAUGAGGAAAAUAUCACUUGCUAUCUGCAACUCUUGGAGAAGUGCCUGACGCAUGAGGCAUUUACUGAGACACAGAAGAAGAGAAUACUCUCCUGGAAGCAGCAGGUCUUGAAGCUUCUCCGGACAUUUCCCCGCAAGGCGUUACUGGAAAUGCAGGGGUACAGGCAACAGAAGGGGUGCAGUUGGGCGUUUGCAUCAAACUCUCUCCCCAUAGCUGGAUCUGUGGGUGCCUCCGUAACACGAAGGGCUCAGCGCCCAUUUCAGAUGCCCCCUAGGGCUGUGCCGCCUUCUAGGAUUGGCGUAAUGAGUCCCGGAUCAAUUGGGGGUGUCUCUCCCCGACAUGCACUUACCAGCCCAAGCACUGGGAGCCAGGGACGGCAGAAUCUCUGGUUUGCCAAUCCAGGGGGUAGUAACAGUAUGCCAUGUCAAAGUCACAGCUCAGUGCAGCGCACCCAUUCACUGCCCGUACACACUUCUCCGCAGAGCAUUCUCAAGUUUCCUCCUGACUGCCAGGUUCCUGGGGCUGACUUGGAGAUUAAUCCCCGGCUGGAGUCCUUGUGCCUGAGUAUGACGGAACAUGCAUUGGAGGAGGGAACAGACAAAACAUCGACCAUCUGACCGUGUGCUUGUUGAACUCUUCUCCCCGAAGGGCGUCAUUUUCUAUCCCUUCCCAUGACCUCAGCCAGGGAAGCGACAACGCCUUUCCCCCCGCCAGUUCCCCCGUGAGGCCGUCACUACAUCAUCCACCCACUGCGUUCUAAUACUCUUUUCAGCUUUCAUAACUUUUUUUUUUUUUUUUUAACAAUGGUUUAAUAUCCAAAUACACACAGCACUGCUCAGAGUUAACGUUGAGGAAGGAGCUUUUUUUUUGUUUCCUUUAUUUUCCAGUCUUUACCCAAAUACCAAGACAUGUAACAAUGGGGGAGCUUAGUGAAGAGCCUCUGCUGGUGCACACAGCUUUGCCCACCAUGCACUUGGAACGGGUCACAGUGGCACAGCGCCCUGGUGGAGGUGAGCAGGAAGGAUUAUGCUCCGCCAGGACGUGCAAAAGCUGGACAGGCAAGGUGUCCUGUUUUCAUUGUGGAGCCAGGCGCUCCAGAGAAGGAACCUCUGUCGGGCAAACACACUAAGCUAAGGAGCAGCAACUGUUCCCACUACAAGGACCGGCAUCUUUCAGGCAGGACACUGCCCUUGUGCGUUCACUGGCCUGCCGAUGAACAGAGGAGGGAGGGACGGCACAACAUAGAGAUUGAUAAAGUUAAGUCUAUAGGGCGCUAGAAUGCAUGCUUGGGGAGAAUACAUU